AUGUUUUUCUCGAUUGGAGUUGCUGACGUGGCCUCUCUUUUCAUCAACGCAAUCCUUCGCCAUCUCACCGUUUACAAGAUUGGACCUGAGGAGGCAAGGAGAAAAGCAAUGAUCAAAAAUUCUUUCCAGACUUGGGAAUGGCUUUAUCGAGUUGCUUAUCUUGUCUCAGCUCUUGUCUUCUAUGUUCAUUUCCUUGGACAUUGUUUCCUUUCGCUUAAUCGAUUCACUUCAGUGCUUUUACCGGGAUAUCAUCGAAAAUUCUGGGCUCAUAGCACAAAAUGGUUUAUCUUUGCGAAAUGGUUUGCCGCUUUUGCUUUGAUCUCUUAUCGAUUAACAGCUCGAUUGAAUUUCGUUGAUCAAAACGAUGGGACUUAUUUGGUGGACGGUUACAACAAUGCGGCUAUCCGUGUGCUAUCACAUCUUGUUUCGGGAACAGUUUGUGGUGUGUCAACGAUGAUCUCGAUGUUUCUCUCAAUGAUUACUCUUGCUCAACUCUAUUGUUUAAGGACAAAGUUCUAUCGAGUACAUACUGUGAACAAUUAUGACAAGGAAAAGCUUGCUUGGAUUGGAAAGCAAUACUUUUGGAUAAAUGAUAUUUUGGUGUUCUCCAAUCUCUACACGUUGAUCAUUUGUUGUUGGCCAGUCGCUUCUAUACUACAAGAAGCGAAAUGGACGCUGCUCGUUCCCCGUCAAAAGAGCUCAGCGAUGCAGGCCACUUUCGGGAAUGUUUAUUCGAUGAGAGUUCAAUGGAGUAUCUACGCAUCAACUUUUGAAGCUUUACAGAAAUUCAUUCGA